ACCAUCGACGCCAUAUUGGCAAUUGGAGGUGUUCCGGACAUCGCGUCAGAUCGUCGUGCAAAUUCAGCUGCAUUUAUUUGGUACUUUCCGCAGAUCAGGAAGCUCAGGUGAACGAGAAAAUGGGUGUUGACGUUAUUCCAAUUUCCGGUGGAGAUGGAAGCACAUUCCCGAAGAAUGGCCAGACGGCGGUGGUGCACUACACGGGCACGCUGCAGAACGGUGAGGUGUUCGACUCGUCGCGGACCCGCGGCAAGCCCUUCAAGUUCACCGUGGGCCAGGGCGAGGUGAUUCGCGGCUGGGACGAGGGCGUGCCGCAAAUGUCCGUGGGACAGCGCGCCAAGCUCGUGUGCUCGCCGGACUACGCGUACGGCAGCCGUGGGCAUCCGGGCGUGAUCCCGCCCAAUGCCACGCUCACGUUCGACGUGGAGCUGCUGCGGGUGGAGUAAAGAGAGAUGCGCACAGCUGCCGAGAAGGGCGUCUUCCUGGAGAGGCGCGCGCCCCACGUUAGCCAAGUUAAGAUCCAAUUGAGCAGUAUACCCAAAUCGACAAUCCUCCACACACAGCUCUUCCCCCAUCCUCAGCCACCAGUCACCGCAAUCCUGACCGAGGAUCAUCCCUCACGGCAUCCGCACGUCUUUUGGACUCUUUACUUAAUGCAUUUUACCCGGGAAACGUCGAGAACGGGGAAGAGAAAUGUUCAAAUUGCUAAAUAAAUUGUGUGAAACUCUUCAAUAUGAACCCA